ACAAAUCUGACCAGUAACUUGGCCUUGGAGCAUCAUAUGCUUGUCUCUGUGGUGAUAGCUAUGUCUCCUGUCUGUGAAACAUUCCAGGAAAAGCAAUAACAUCUCCAUGGAGACAAGCAGAUGGCGAACACUCCCCCUGAAAAGUUAGUGUAGCUUUAACUACACAUUUUCCAGAAUAACUGUAUUUGGAAUUGAGUAAAUUUUUGGUCAGAUAACUGUAUUUACAAAUGUCCAAUACUAUUUCCAUCUCUGUAUAACCCUACCUUGUUUUGACUGCAGGAGUCUUUGGAUGGGCUCUCCUCCCUGAAGCAGCUGAUGCUGGAUCGUAACCGCAUAGAGGAGAUCAAGCCUGGGGCCUUCUCUCAGCUGGGUUUCCUCAACCUGCUCUCCCUCACACACAACCAGCUGGUCUACAUGCCCAACAUGGCCUUUCAGGGUCUGCAAAACAUCAAGCUGCUGCGUCUGAGUCAUAACUCACUGAACUACUUGGACAUAGAGGCAUUGGCUGGACUCGUCACCCUCACACGCCUCACUUUGGACCACAACGAGCUGCAGUUCUUCCCCAGUGAGACCAUGACCCGACUUCCGGAGGUGACCCGUCUGGAGAUGAGCCACAACCCCAUGACGUACCUGGGGGAGGAGGCCAUCUCCAUGCCCAAGCUCACCCACCUCUUCUUGGACCACAUGUCUCUGCAGGACAUGUCCAACAGCGCCGUGUCCAAGUGUCCCAGCCUCGUGCACCUGGACCUGAGCCACAACCAGCUGCGCGUCAUCCAGCCCUUUGCCCCCGGGACCCCCAGCCUGGCUCGGGUCAACCUGGCAGGGAACCCCAUAUACUGUAACUGCUACCUGCGACCUCUGCGGGAGUGGGCCAUCAGCAGUAAGGUGAAGCUCCUUGGCACAUGUGGGGGUCCAGCUCACCUGUCUGGAGAGAACAUAGAUGCGGUCUACCCCUCAGAGCUGCGCUGUCAGAGCCACGACGCCAUGCUGAGGGCGGAGUACGAGGAGGCCACCAGAAACACCCCCCCUCCCACCACAGAGCCAGAGAACAAGCUCAAGUGUCCAGUCAACUGUGUGUGCCAAGCAGAGACGCACCACUCUUCAUGUGAAAACCAGGGACUCACCAAAAUCCCCAAAGGUUUUGAUCCCACCACACAACUCCUGGAUCUCAGGGGGAACCACUUCCACUACCUCCCUAGUGGCAGCUUCCCUGGAGUGGGCCAGGUGGUUUCUCUGCACCUGCAGCGCUGCAAAUUGGUGGACGUCGAGGAGGGGGCGUUCAGCGGCAUGAAGGGGCUCGUCUACCUGUACCUGUCAGAGAAUGACCUCACAUCGAUCAAUCCAGAAGCAUUCAAAGGUUUGCCUCAGCUGACCUACCUUCACCUAGAGAAGAACCGCUUCACUGUCUUCCCUAAAGGAGCCUUCAAGUUGGUUCCCAGCCUGUUGGCACUUCACCUGGAGAACAACUCCAUCAGCAGACUGGAGCCAGGCCUCCUCACUGGGGCGGAGAACCUCCGAUCUCUGUACCUGACAGGGAACAGCAUCGAGCACAUAGCCCCUCGAGCUCUGGAGCAAGCGGCUGAUCUGGACACCUUUCACCUGGGGGGGAACAAGCUGAAGGAGGUGCCCACAGAAGCCCUGAGGGGAGUGGGGAGCCUCAGGGACCUUCGGCUCACUGGAAACCCCAUUCUGUGGGUGGGGCCUAAUGCCUUCAAGCCUGUGGAGAGGUCACUGAAGGAGCUGUAUCUGAAUAAGAUGGGGCUUGAGAGGAUGUCCCCAGACUCUCUGGCAGGGAUGGGUCCAGGCCUAAGGAGUCUCUUUCUAGAGGGGAACCUUCUGGAGGAGGUGCCUGACCUUCGACCCUUCAGGUCUCUGGAGGUCAUCAACCUGGCUGACAACCCUCUGAUGUGUGACUGCCCCCUGCUGCCUCUACGCCUCUGGAUUGAAAAGGUUAACCUUAAAGUGCGUGCCACCUGUGCCAAUCCCCCAGAGGUCAAAGGUCGCAGAGUCAAAGACGUCCACAUGUUCAGAGCCUGUCCUGGGGGAGAGAGCCUUCCCUCUCCUCCAACAGUCACCCCACAGGUCCCCAGGGCACCAAAAGUAACCAAACCCAAGCCACUGCACCUCAACCGAAAGAGACAGGUGAAGAUGCUCAAAGCCAAACCCAAGACAAACCAGAAGACUAAGAACUCGAAAAGCAACAAGAGACGCAGCAUGGCUUAA